UCUUCUCUUUUUUCACUCUCCCUCCUCCUUCUCUCUCUAAUCUUAGUUUCCAAAUUUUUAGAGAGAGAAAGUGAGUGAGUGGAGAGGUUUCUAGGGUUCAAGCCCUAAUUCAAUUUUCCUUUUUUUAAUUUUCUUUUUGGAGGGUUUGAGUUGUUGAUGAUUAAGCUCAAGUUAUCAUCAAGAAACAAGUUCAUUACAUAGCUUAAUUAAUUUAAUUAGUAUAAUAAGCUUAAUUAGUAAUGAAUUCAAACAAUUGGCUUUCUUUCCCUCUAUCUCCAACACAUCCUUCACUUCAAACCAAUGAUUCACAAACUCAUCAACAAUUCUCUUUGGGUCUUGUUUCGGACCACAUUGACAACCCCUUUGGCCAAGCUCAAGAAUGGAACUUGCUUAACCCUCAUGGAGAAAACGAGGCCCCAAAAAUAGCAGAUUUCUUAGGGGUAGGCAAAUCGGAGAGCCACCAUGACUCACCGGAUCUUUCAUCAUUCAGCGAAUCGGAUUACCUUUUUUCCGGCAACAACGGCCUACUCACGGUGGCCGGAGCUAAUGAUAGUAGUGGUAGUCCAUUUGAUCAGUAUAAUAACCAAGAAAACUCAAACAGCUGCUUGCAAUCUUUAACGUUGUCUAUGGGAAGUAGUGGCCAACAACAGCCGCCGCUUACGACGGUUAAUAACGGCGAAACGAGUGGUGAUAAUAAUAAUAGUAGUAGUACUGAUGGUGGCGCCGCCUUGAGUGCUGCCGUGGUCACCACCGCGAUUACUCCUGUUGUGGAGGCUACACCUAGGAGGAGUUUGGAUACUUUUGGGCAAAGGACUUCUAUUUAUAGAGGUGUUACCAGGCAUAGGUGGACAGGACGAUAUGAAGCUCAUCUAUGGGAUAAUAGUUGUAGAAGGGAAGGACAAUCAAGAAAGGGUCGUCAAGUUUAUCUUGGAGGGUACGAUAAGGAAGACAAGGCUGCGAGGUCUUAUGAUUUAGCUGCAAUCAAGUAUUGGGGAACUUCUACUACCACAAAUUUUCCAAUAAGCAACUAUGAGAAAGAAAUAGAAGACAUGAAACCCAUGACUAGACAAGAAUUUGUAGCAGCUAUUCGAAGGAAGAGUAGUGGAUUUUCUAGAGGUGCAUCCAUUUACCGUGGUGUAACAAGACACCAUCAACAUGGGAGAUGGCAAGCAAGAAUUGGAAGGGUGGCAGGGAACAAAGAUCUCUACUUGGGAACAUUUAGCACAGAAGAGGAGGCGGCGGAAGCUUACGACAUAGCGGCGAUCAAGUUUAGAGGCCUAAACGCGGUGACAAACUUCGACAUGAGCCGGUACGACGUCAAGGCCAUCCUAGAGAGCAACACUCUUCCUAUAGGAGGCGGCGCGGCCAAGCGGCUUAAGGAAGCUCAAGCUCUAGAAUCUUCUAGAAAGAGGGAGGAAAUGCUUGCCCUAAGCAAUAGUACUUACCCAUAUGGGGCAGCUAGUAGCUCGGGCUCGACCCGGUACGGGGCCCACCCGAAUACUUACCCUUUACUACCUUACCACCACCAACAAGAUACCCAACCACAACCGUUGCUAACCCUACACAACAACCUUGGUAGUCAAGAAAGCUACACACAUCAAGAGGCACAGUUUCUUCAGUUGUACCAACAGUCAAGUUACUCAAACCCUAGUAGUAUGUACCAUAGUUACCAACUACAAACUAACCCUAAUUUGCUCCAUGGGUUUAUGGGCAUGGGUUCGGACUCUAGUGGUUGUGUGAUUGAUGGUACUAAUAACAACAAUGGGAGUUCAAGUGGUGGGAGCUAUAGUGGUGGUGGUGGUGGUUGUGGUGGUGGUGGAGGGUAUCUUGGAAGUGGGGUCGGGAUUAACGGUAUGGGGUCCGCCUCGUCUACGAGCAAUGUCGUGGGGCCCGAUGAGACGGAUCAUCAGCCGCUAGCGAUGGUGAAGGUGGACUAUGAUAUGCACCCUUCCGGUGGUGGUGGUGGUGGUGAUGGUGGAAGUUAUGCAGGGUGGUCGACCGAGACGGUUCAAGGACCGAAUAACGGGGUAUUUGCGAUGUGGAAUGACUGAUUAUUAGUGAUAUUGUUCGGAAGUUUUGGCCUGCAUGACUAAUGGGGGGAACAUGAAAGGAUUUUAGUUGCUUUUUUUAACUUAAUUUUAUUUCUUUUGUUUUAAACUUGGAAUCAUAAAAAAAAAACAUAAAAUUAAGCGGAUGGAUGAGUUAAUUUUCAAUGGGAAAGCUUAGGGAGUGAGAUUACGGUUCAAUUAUCCAUUUUGCAAAAUUUGCAAUUUUUUUUAAAUGCUUAAUUGACCGUUUUCUCAUCCCAUGUUCUAUAUUCUUCGUAUUCAUAUAUUAUUAUUUAACGGCAAUACAUAUCAUCUCUUUACGUGUAUGUCGUCUUUUACGUGUUAUCUGAACUUACGUUAACUUAUUUAAAUUAUUAAUUGGUAAAGAGAACU